UUUUUAACUUUUUUAUAUAUGACUUUCGUUCGUUACUUGCUUAGCGUUUACUUUCAUCUUUCCUAAUAAUCAUUUCAAUUUAUUUCUCAAUAGGAUGAAGCGUCUAGACCUUCUCGUUUAAUCAAAAGAUUCGCAUUUGAGAAAGAAUUAAAACCAAAAGGGAGAAGAUAUGGCGAACACGGCUCAUCUUGUUCGCCGGCAAAGCUCCCGCGACUUAAAGCCCCAAAAAAGCAUCGAUAAGCUCGAAAUGAAAGAAAUGCGUGGUAGAUUAGUGGUAGAGAAUCGAAAGAACGUCGCCACUGCCAAUUACGGGGCCACCAAUGCGGCCUUCGAAGACACCAGUCCUAACAAGAGCAAAAUAGGAAACGGCCCCGGCAAUAACGAUGGCAAGGCGACUUUCCGACCAGAAGCAGGCGAAGACGAGCGUGAAAAUUGGGAUAGCAAGCUCACAUUUCUCCUGGCGACCGUAGGAUACGCGGUGGGUCUUGGAAACGUAUGGCGGUUCCCCUAUCUGGCCCAGAAGAAUGGUGGAGGCGCUUUUUUAAUUCCUUAUUUCGUGAUGUUGGCCAUUGAGGGUAUUCCUAUAUUUUAUCUGGAAUUGGCAAUUGGCCAGAGACUGAGGAAAGGUGCUAUUGGAGUGUGGAAUCAGGUAUCCCCGUAUAUGGGUGGCAUCGGAGUCAGCAGCGCUGUAGUUUCUUUCAAUGUGGCUCUGUAUUACAAUACAAUUAUCGCCUGGUGCCUAUUUUACUUCGUUCAGAGUUUCCAGUCACAAUUACCUUGGGCAGAGUGCCCCAACAAAUACUUUCAAAAUGGAUCUUACGCGCCUGAACCUGAGUGUUUGGCCAGCAGCCCGACGCAAUACUUCUGGUAUCGAACCACUCUAAUGAUAUCCAAGGACAUCAACACGCCGGAAGUGUUUAACUGGAAAAUCGCUCUAGCGUUGAUUAUCGCCUGGAUUCUUGUUUACAUGUGCAUGAUUAAGGGUAUCGCAUCCUCGGGCAAGGUUGUGUAUGUGACUGCCACGUUCCCGUACAUCGUUUUGAUUAUAUUCUUCUUCCGAGGCGUAACGUUGACGGGUAUGUCAGACGGCCUACGGCAUCUCUUCACGCCAAAGUGGUGGACGUUGACCGAUCCUGUAGUCUGGUUGGAAGCUGGAACGCAAAUCUUCUUUUCUCUAGGUUUAGCUUUCGGCGGUUUAAUAGCAUUUUCUUCCUACAAUCCGGUGAACAAUAAUUGUUAUCGUGAUGCCAUCAUGGUUAGCCUGACGAAUUGUUUCACGUCUAUGUUCGCAGGGAUUGUCGUCUUCUCGAUCAUAGGAUUCAAAGCAACCAUGGUUUACGAAGACUGUUUAAAGGAAAGAAAUAACACGCUGAUGAAUAUAUACGGUCAAGCUGGCAAGAUACCCGAAGAUAUCCCGAUUGCCGGAACGUUGUUGAACAUCACGAACGGCAAUGGAUCAUUGGACAAUUUGAUAAUGCCAGAGCUGCCAGAAUGCGAUCUGGAGAAGGAGUUGGACAAUUCGGCCUCAGGCACAGGCUUGGCGUUCAUCAUCUUUACCGAGGCGAUCAAUCAGUUUCCCGGUGCUCAGUUUUGGUCGGUGCUGUUUUUUCUGAUGCUGUUCACGCUGGGAAUCGAUUCCCAAUUUGGUACCUUGGAGGGUGUCGUCACCAGUAUUGUCGACAUGAAGCUUUUCCCGAAUUUGAGAAAGGAGAUUCUGACAGGUGUGAUAUGUUUGGUAUGCUGCAUCAUUUCAAUGGCCUUUGCUCAUGGAGCUGGGAGUUACGUUUUUGUGCUAUUCGACAACUUCAGUGGAAAUUUCCCGUUGCUCAUAAUCGCGUUCUUCGAAUGUAUAGGCGUGUCUUAUGUCUAUGGUUUGAAAAGAUUCGCGGAUGACAUCGAACUGAUGACUGGCAACCGACCUGGCCUCUAUUGGUUGAUAUGUUGGAAAUAUCUUAGUCCACUGGCGAUGUUAAGUAUUCUGAUCGCGUCUUUUGUCGAGAUAUUUUUUGAAGGAAGCGGUUAUCCGGCCUGGGUGGCGAGUAAAGGCAUCACCGAGAGACACGAAUGGCCUGUCUGGGCUCUCUUUCUCAUCGCGAUUCUUAUUCUUACUUCCGUUUUAUGGAUACCCACAGUCGCUAUUUGCAGAUACUUUGGAAUUCUCAUCAUCGACGACAACGAAAAGGCUUGGUUCCCGGCGGCGGACUUGAAAGAAUUCCACGGAAUCAUGCCGCAUGAAGUGACAGUGGCUGAGACAUUGCUAUUUUGCAUCAGGAGUGAUGGUUCCGAAGGACUGUGCUGUCCCACGGGCGGUCCCAGCGACGACGAGGACGAGGAUCUUACCUAGGAUCAAUCUCGAUCGCGACGCGCGUUUCCAUGGGUGAUCUUGCCUCGAGAAACGCUCUACUUCAUCCUGUGACGAUCAUUUUCGACCAUUGCUGCUUGGGGUCGAAAAUGGCUGCAAUCCAUUUUGGUGAAUCUGGUCGAUUUGUAGUCAACGCAUCCGCGUGGUAGGAUCUUAUCUAUUAUGUCAAUUAACGUAAGCUUCGGUAAUAGAAGUCGUUUCUUCAUAAUGCAAAGACGGAGAUACAUUCGUAAAAAAGAUUUAUUUUAUUUUAUUUUAUUUUAUUUUUCUUUUCAAUAA